AUGGGUAACACAGAACCAUUGGAUGAUGAGAAUACUGAUAAUGUUCCUAUGGAGAUAUGCAAAAAUAAAAAAGGAGGAGUUAUUGAUGUUAUCUUUAAUUUAUUAAAUAUUAAAAAUGAAGAUAAUUUUAAUAAUCAAUUAAAUAUUUCUCUUAAUACAAGAAACAAAAAAGAGGAGAAUAAAAAAAAUGAGGAAAAAAUUUUAAAAUUAAUUAUUAGAAAUUUAACAAAUCCAAUUGAUAGAAAAAAUGUUGAAAUUGCUUCUAAAAAAUUUUAUUAUUUAUGUAAUGAAAUUGGUUCGUAUAUACCUAUAUCUGGAUAUGAAAAUGUUACAAGACAACAUAUAUAUGGAGAUGAAAAAGGAUUUAAUUUUAAAAUAUCUAAUAAAGAAAUUUGUUUAGAUAUUUUUAGAACACUUAUGCCUGAAGAUUUUGGUUAUCAUAAACUAAGAAUAUUGUUUAACAAAUAUGCACCACAUAUGGAAUCUUUAUUUAUUAAUAUGAAAAAUUUUAGUUGCUAUGAUGUAUUUAAAGAUUUAGAAUGUUUUGAAAAUAUAAAAACUGUUAAAAUAGAUAAUAAUUUUUUACAAAGAAAUGGGUUUGAAAUAUUUAAUGUUUGUCCAAGUUUAAAACCAAUUAAUCUUUAUAUCAUUAAAACCUAUUCUAAUGAUAUGAAUAUAAUUGAUAAUGAAACAUUUAAAUACCCUACCAGUAUAAAGAAUAUCUUUUUUGAAAGUGAUCCAAAAUCUUUGAAUUGGUUAUUAGAUAAAAUGAUAAAUCUACCAAAAAAAUAUUUUGAAAAUUUUUUUAUAUCAGAAAAUUCAUUUUUAAAUCUUAUAAGUAAUGAUGAUGAAGUAAACUUUAUUAAUAUUAUUCAAUAUUUCAAGAAAGUUAAUUAUUAUGCUAGUGAUUUUCUUUUAAAUAUUACAGAUAAAUAUAUAUCAAAAAUUUUUCAAAAUUUAGAAAUUCAAUCAACUAUUAAUAUUUCUUUUUCAAAGAAUAAUUUUGGUACAAAUAUUUUUGAAUCAUCAGAAAUGAUUAAGAAAUUUGAUGAUAGACGUGGAGUUAUUUUAAGUUACCCUUCAAAUCGAUUUUUAUCUCAACCUGGAGUUUAUUUAAAUGUUCAUGUGUUAAGAAUAAAUGAUAAAAAAAAUAGUAGAAAAAAUCAUCCAUUUUCAAGUUAUGAAGUUAAGUUUUUGACUGAAGAUAUCAGUAAAAUGAAUCAAUUAGAGAAAUUAGAUAUUGAUCUCAAUUUAUUUAGUUGUUUCUUGGAUUUUAAAUACUUUUGUAAUAGUAUCAGAAGCAAUUUAAAUUGUCUUAGAAUUGGAAAAUGUUCAACAAUUAUGUCUUAUCAUCUUUCAGAAAUUUCACGUCAUUUCAAAAAAUUAGAAUAUCUUUUUUUAGAUGAUGUUGGUCCAUAUACAAGUGUAACUCUUAGUAAAAUAUUAAGUGAAAUUAAAUAUCUUAAAGGUCUCAAAAUAAUAUUUAAUGAAUUUUAUAAUGCUAAACAUAUAUUAGAUGACUUAGAAAGAAAAGUUGAUGAUAAGAAGAUUGGUGUUUUAAAUUGGCCUGAAAUAGAUUAUUUAUAUAUAGUAUUUAUUUGUUCAAUAAAAGAGUAUGAAGAUAUUAUUUUUAAUAUUGAAAAAAAUACUCCAAGAAUGAUAGGUAAAUUUUUAGUUAAACAAAAAAAUUAUCAAGGAAAGAUGUAUUAUCAUAUUGUUAUCCAGCGUUCUUCAAUCUUAUUUGAUAAAUUUGAAGAAUUAUUUGAUUCUAAGUUUUAA